CGUUUUUUCCGUCGGGACUUUUCAGAAAACGUAGCUGGAAGCGAUCGGUUAGUCUUUGCAGCCCACCGCCCCCAACGCUGACGGAGCCACGAUCUCCCACCGACCCACUCCCGGCUCUUCUUCUUUCCUUGGGCGCGGGGGUGGAGGGUGGGGGGUUUACUUUCAGCGCCCCUUAGUUGCAAACUUCGCCAAAGUUUCUCGGAGGGACGGAAUCGGGUCCCCCCGCUCCGGCUUUCGCUUUCCGACCGAGGCGGCCCCUUUCCCAACGGAGCAAGGAACCGGCGGCCGAGAGCUCAGAGACCGAAGCCUCCAAGGAAAAGAAAAGAGAAGAGAAUAGAGAAGGAGGAAAGGAAAGAAGACGCGAAGGAAGGAGAGAAAAGGGAAAGGAAGAAAGAAAGAAGGAGAUAGAGAGGAGGAGAGGGAAGGAAAGAGAAGAGAAGAUAGAGAAGGGAAAAAGAAGGAGGAAAGGAGAAGGGAGAAAAAGAGGAAGAAGGAGAUAGAAGAAAAGGGAAGAGGAAAGGAGGAAGGAGAAGGAAGGAGAGAGAAGAGGAAGAGAAGGAAGGAAGGAGGGAAGAGGAAGGAAGGAGAGAGAGAAGAGAAGAGAAAAGAAAAGGAAGGAAAGAAGAAGGAAGGAAGGAAGGAGAAAUGGCCUACCAGCCAUUGGGCAAACCUCGCCAGAUCGCAAUGGAAUGGGGAAGCUUAGCAGGGGACAAUGCCGAAUUCCGGCUCAUCCUGGUUGGAAAGUCCGGUGGCGGGAAAAGCGCCACAGGCAACACCAUCCUCGGGCGGAAGGAGUUUAAAUCCAUCAUGACAGCAAAGACCACCACCCUCACGUGCCAAUGGGGGCAGGGUAGCUGGCAGGGCAGGGCAGUUCAUGUGGUUGACACGCCAGACAUGUUUGAUUCUGAAGAUUACAGUGAGAGAGUGCGACGGGAGAUCAUGGCUUGCAUUGACUUCUCCCGGCCCGGCCCCCACGCCCUGAUCUUGGUGACCCAGGUGGGACGCUUCACUGCGGAAGAUGCGGCUGCUGCAAAGUGCGUCCGGGAUAUCUUUGGGGCUGAAUCCACCAAGCAUACGAUCGUCCUCUUCACCUGCAAGGAGGAUCUGGGAAGGACCCCCCUGCAGGAGUACGUCACAGAGUCGGACAACAAGAACCUGCGGCAACUGAUCCGGCAGUGCGGGAACCGCUUCUGCGGGUUCAACAACAAGGCCGCCGGAGCCGAGCAGGAGAGGCAGGUCUUGCAACUGAUGGAGAUGGUGCAGAGAACCGUUUUCGAGAACGGCGGGAGAUACUACGUCAACCGGUUGUAUUUGGAGCCCAACUUGAGAGAUGAGAUUAUCCGAUUUUUCCUGGUGGAGAACCGAGAAGCCCGAAAAAAGGCAGAGAAUGCUUUGGGGCAGAAAGAAAAGGUUUUGAUUGCAGUAAUCAUCACUGCCUCUUUCAUAGGCUUCAUAUAUAUUAUAGUCCAACUAUCUUAAGUCUUCUUUCAUUCAACAUCUUCGGGACAGAUCUUCUGAUCUGAAUGUGAGAAGAGGGCUGAUCUAUGUUCAUGUAGAUCACGGGACCCCAACCUUUUGGGCCCUGGGAAUGAUUCCAUUUUUCCGCAGACCGAAGGAGUUUUCAUGUGCCAUCUGCAUCCUGCAGAUGGGGCUUCGCUUCUUUGCGUGGACCACAGACCGGUGCUACUCCACAGCCCUGGGGACAGGGAUCCCUGAUGUAAAUGACCAGGUUCAGCCCGAGGGAGGGGGUCGAGGCUGUCAUGAUUCUUGAGUCCCAUCCUGCCGACAAGAGAUCUGUCCAUCCAACUUUGAAUUCCGCUGACUUUUCUCUCCCGCUAAUUUAGUGCUGACUGUUAGUUGACCAGAUUCUUCUGUAUUCACCCAAAUAAUAAAUUGUACAUGCUGCAACUUUA